UUUAAUAAAUAAAAAAGUAUACAGUUUAAUUAACUUAAAAAGGAGACAGGAUUUAUAUACAAAAAUGCCUAACCAUCGUAAUAAAUAUGAAAAAGCCAGAAGACGAUUAGCUGCUGUUACCUUUCUAUCUAACAUAUCUCUCGACGGCAAACACAAAGAAAAAGAAAUGGAUUUGAUUGACAAUAAGUCGUAUAAAAACGAUAAAGCCAAUGGUCCGUUAAAAACUGUUGAGAUAUCAAACGAUAAAGAAAAUGUUUCAAGGAACAGUGUUCAUGGCCGCAGUAAGAAUCAAUCAAGUCCUCAUCGCCACGGGACAGAUAAUUAUUCAUUAAGUUCAGAUUCAGAAUAUACAACUAAUUUAACUCCAGUGAAAAGUGGAUUGAACUCUAAUUUCAGAGACAGAUGUUCAUCAGGAAAUAUUGAAUCAUCAAAAGAAAAACAUGUAUCAUUGCGUAGUAAGAGAGGACAUCUGGUGUCAAUGGCUGGUAUUAAUACUGAAGAGAAAAGUAGUUCAGAGAGUCUUACAUUUGGUCGCUUCCGUACCAGCAGUACAUGUAUACCUGAGAACCAUAUUAUGAUCAAUGAAGUACGUUUUGUAAGAUCAACGAAAGGAGUUACAUUUAGAGAUGAGCGGCUUGCGUUUGUGCCGGAAAAAAGUGUACCAUGUGCCAUUUUCAGCACCAUUCCAUAUUCAAGAACUACAAGAACUGCCAGAUCUGAGCUUAGAAAGGAUGGAGUGCGCCGAAGAAAUACAUCAGGACCUAGACCCCUAUCUGCAAUAACAGACAAUGGGGUUGAUCCAUUUCAUCUCUUAGGCUUGGAAAAAGAAGAGAAUGGUCAAGACAUAUCUUAUUCUAAACUUCUUGUACCAUCUAGAGUACACACAUUAGAGCAAUACCGUAAAUUGUAUGAUAAUGAGUACAUUGAUAAAAAUUGGAAGAUAUUAAAUCGUCACCCUCAUGUUAUAGCCAGGACUAAGUUAUUGACGAGACACAAGGAUAAAAAAUGGUGUUUCUCGUACGAGUCUUCCCAAAGGACAACGAUAGCGUCCUCACCGCCCCACACUUCUGUUGAUAAUAAAACGUUCGACUGGGACGAAGGAACUUUGCUUUCACAAAAAUAUGUUCACUACUGCCCUAAUGUACUUGAUGAUCCAGAACUGAUUGCGGGGAAACACAGGACUCUGUUAACGUUUACGUCUUACAUGACGUCGAUCAUCGACUAUGUUCGACCGCAGGACUUAAAGAAAGAACUGAAUGAUAAAUUCCGAGAAAAAUUCCCACACAUUAAACUGACUUUAAGUAAACUAAGAAGUAUAAAAAGAGAAAUGCGGAAAAUCGCCAAACACGACAGCGGAGGGAUCGAUUUGUUGUCGGUCGCUCAGGCGUACGUUUAUUUUGAAAAGUUGAUACUCGCGAACCUUAUAAACAAGGACAACAGGAAAUUAUGUGCCGGAGCGUGCCUGUUACUGUCAGCUAAACUAAACGACGUUAAAGGAGAAAUUCUGAAGGCGUUGAUAGAACGCAUAGAGACGACAUUCAGACUGGACAGGAAGGAUCUGAUGAAGUUCGAAUUCGCCGUUCUAGUGGCCCUCGAGUUUGGUUUGCACGUGCCGCCGUACGAAGUGUUCCCGCACUACCAGCGCCUGCUCCACGACUCGUGACCCUGGCGCCGGCUGGCCCUCGAGCCCUGCGUCCGCGUGUGCCACCGCCGGAGAGCCAGCAUCGUCGCUGCCUGGGUCUAGUCCCCAUUGCAACACCGUAGCAUAACUGUGUCUUCGUA